AAAACUAAAUGGAAUUAAAAGUACUACCAAAAAGAGCAGUAAAUAAAGACCAACUAAGACUUUCACAAAGACUUAGACCUAAUCUGAGGCAAAGAGUUAUCAAACCGAAAAGAGUCAGCAAAAGGAAUGUGCUGAGUCUUAGCAGAGAACAUGAAUCUCUAAAACUUAGUAUGAAGCUUCGCAAGUUUGCUAGGUGUAAGAACAAGAUCAAGAAUGUUGAAGAUUUCAGAAAUGUUAUCAAAUCUCUCGUCUCUCCUAGAAGAAAAGCUAAACCUACCAUGAGCUCUUCUAUUAAUUUCCAGAAGAUCCAAAACAGAAGAGUCCUUUCUGCUGAAAGACUUAGAGCUGAUGCAUCAGAGAAACAGAGGCAAAUGGAGUUCUCUAUAACUGAAUUUCAUCAGAAAAUGAUCUAUCGUAUCAGCAGAAAGCUUGAGCAAAGCAAGAUUGUGAAUGGCAGAUUUUGCUCCCCUGUUGUGCUUCGUCAGAAAGCAACUGAUUUCCAAAGUAACAGAGGCUCUUCAAAAUCGAUCAGUGAAGCUUCCAAUUUCAGUGGAUCAGUGCUUCCUGAAAUUAAUAAGGGAAAUCUCAACUUUUAAAUCGGUUAGGGAAUCCAAAGAGCAAGCCUAAUUACAGUCACUAAGAAUCCUAAAUCGCACGCAAUUGUUGCGAAUUAUU